AUGGUAAGAACACGCGGUGCAUCUUAUACUUCUCGUGAAGAGAGUUCUCGAGGGGAGAGUUCUGCGCAGGGCGAAGCUAGGAGACGACCUACAGCUUCGGCUCGAAGAAGGCGUGCAGCUCCUAUUCAUGAUGACCCUAUUGCUAAGGAUCGAGCGUUUGAGGAGGAGGCAUAUCAGGCCUAUGGGGGUGAUGUUCAGGAGGAGGCCUAUGAGGGUGAUGUUCAGGAGGAGGCAUUUCAGGCACCUGACCACGAUGAUGAUGAGGAGGAGCAUGCGGAUGUUGGUGACAUAGAAGAGGAUAUCGGUGGAUUUCCUGGAGGUCCACGUGAUGCUUCAUUGCUGACGCAUUAUGUUCAGCAUGUUGCUUAUGGUAUUUCGCAAGGUCGGGAUCGAGGGGACAUGUUGAAGUUGAUCUCGCACGGUAAAAAAGUUAAUAAGUUAGGACCGCGCGCCGAGGGAAUUCAACACAUUGUGUUGAAUUCCUCUUUGAUGCCUCUCAUAGAGAUUUGCUAUGAUUAUGGUGAUAAGGGCUUGUUGCUUGGUUUCAUAGAGAGAUGGCAUUUUGAAACGAGUAGUUUCCUUCUCCCUGUAGGGGUGAUGUCGAUCACCCUUGACGAUGUGUCGACUUUACUUCACCUCCCGGUGAUGGGUCAGUUAUGUGGUUUGGAGGAGCUGGAGUUUGAGGAGGCUCGUUCAGCUCUUGUGGAUCUACUCGGCGUUGAUGGUGGCACAGCUGGUGCUGAGAUGGAGGAUGGACGUGGUCCGAAAGUCAGACUCAGCUGGCUGAGAGAGAUAUAUGGUCAGAGGUGUCAGUCGCAGCAUUGGGACUAUGCUGCUAGAGCAUAUUUGUUGCAUCUAGUAGGAUGCACGAUUUUUGCAAAUAAUAGUGCCACUUCUAUACGCGUGUCAUACUUACUAUUAUUUAGAGAUGUACACGCGUGUGACAGAUAUGCCUGGGGCGUUGCUGCACUCGCCCAUUUGUACGAGCAGCUCGGGGAUGCGAGUAUGGCUUCCACGAGACAGAUGGCUGGAUAUCUGACUCUGUUUCAGGUACACACAUAUACCUUGCACAUUUACUUUCGCAUCGAGUUUGUAUUUCCGAUAUUUCCCCCCUCUUUCACAUCCAAGUAUGACGAAAGUUUUUCUUCCCCGCACACCAGUAGCUAUGUCGAUCUCACUAUUACCACAACAAACCCUAAAUCAUAA